AUGUCCGCCGUUCCUCUCACCGUCAUCAAGGGCGCUGGCUUCGAGCACAUCCCUCUCCCCAACGGCCAAAACGCCACCACCGCCGACUUCCACACCAUCCGCACAAAGACCGACUCCCCCGCUCACAUCACCUCUGGAUUCUACAAGAUCGAGGCUGGUCCUGCUCGUCCUGCGCAAUACAACUUUGAGGAGUCAAAGUAUGUCCUGAGCGGUCAAGUCGACGUUCUCGACGAGGCUACUGGCAUUACCCACCACCUCACCGCUGGUGACUUUGCCUUCUUCCACGUUGGAUCCAAGGUCCAGUUCUCUACCAAGUCCGAGGGUUUCGCUUUUUACGUCGUCACUCGACCUGUUCGCGAUGCUCACCCCAACUUGAAGGGCCGUGAGGAGAAGACCAAGUCUCACUUUCCAGCUCUCACCUGGUUGCUAAAUAUCUCGGACUAUAAGUUGUUGCCUACAUCCGUCCACUUAAUCUUACUGCCCCAAAUUUACACCGUCGGCUCAAAAGGCACCACCCAAAAAGACCACAAGGAUUUCAUUUAUCUAUCGUCUUAUAUACAACAUUUCAAAAUGGAUCUCUGCAUGGGCUACAUGUAUUUCUUGGACAAGAAUGAGAUUCCAGAUUAUGCAAAACUCACUCCAGCGCUGGAUGAGAUCUUUGGCGAAGGCAAGGUCAAAUGGGAGAUUAUCGAUAGGCAGCUCAUUUUCAAGAGCGAAACAGAAGAUCUAGCUGGAUUGAGAGAUAGGCUUCGUGAGAAGGGAGUAGCUCCUACCUGGGAGGAGUUUGUAGCUAGGGAAUUAGAUUAG